GUUUUCGUGUUGUGUGUUUUUGUUGUUAGGGUUUGUCGGUUCGAUUCCAUUCUGAUUUAAAGUUAACUGACAGGUGAGUUAACAGUCGGCGAAAUGUCCGUUUUUGCCUUUUGUGGCGAAUUGGCUUAUUUGGUGAGUGUGAAAUAGUCGGUGUUUUUGACUGGUUUUUUAUUUGCGUUGAAGAGAAUUGUUGAUUGUUCUGGAUUUUAAUGUUCCUUUGGAAUUUUUUUAUUCCCCCUAUUGAUUUAUAAAAUAACUUUUUUAGUUCUUAGCCAUUCUAAAAUAUAAUUAAUAUUUCCUAUUGAUUUUUACAUUAAUUUGUUAUGAGCUGGCUUGAAGCAGUCAGAAAUUUUCGUGUUCAAGAACUUCAACAAUUAGUCUCAAGUUUUAAAUAUCCAAAAAUUGGAAAGAAAAACGAACUUAUUAGUCGAGCAGAAUCACUACUUAAAAAUCCAAGAUUUCAAGCUAGCGCUGUAGCAAAAGUCCACGAGAUCCAGGCAUCUAAUCGAAUUCGUGACAGUUCACAACCAUAUCCUUCUCAACCAGAAAGAGGACUUGGAAAUCAACAACUUAACGGAACAAUGCCUAAUAAUCAAAUGCAUCCAUCAAAUCAGCAGCCAGGAAUUUAUGGUUUCAAUGCUGCUGCUCCACCAAUGUCUCAAUUUCCAGGUGGAUUUGGAAAUUUUAUGAAUUAUGCGGCUGCUUAUGGACAGCAAUUUCAAGGAGGCCCUGCCUAUCAGCCUAACAACUUUAGUCAGUCAUUGCCACCUCAAAAUCAGCCUCACUACAUUCCUCCGCAGCACUCUCAGGGAGGAUUGGUUCGCAAUUUGCGUACAGUUGAACUUCCGUUUUAUGAUCUUUUUAAGGUAAUUGUCCCGAUGACAGAACUUCCAUCUUAUCCUGUUCCAACUCGUCCUGGUGAAGGUCGUUUCUCUUGUACUUUUGGUGUCUCCGCAGACGAUAUUGGUAAAUUGUCAUAUCCUGAGGACCAAAAACUGCCAAGAUAUGAGCUUCAGUUACGAAUGUUUCUUUUGGAAAAUUCCGAGGAACAGCCCGAUGCUUUUCCUCCGGGCUCUGCAGUUCGAUUGGAUGAUUUUAAUGUUAAUCUUCCUGCAAUUAUACCAACAAACAAACCAAAUGCCGAACAUAAGCGUUAUUCUCGACCGGUGAAUAUCACCCCUUAUUGUAGGCCGCCUCGUAGUAAAGACCGUCCACACCGUCUGAAUUUUGAGUGGAAUGGCGAUAAACGUGCUUGGGCUUUUACGGUUUUGCUUGUUAAACGGGUUAAUUCUGACAUUCUUCUUGCACGUAUUCGUGAAAAUCCGAACGCAUCACGCCCAGCUUCUACCACUAGAGAUAAUAUCAUUCGGCGUCUCAGUGGGGAUGAAGAUGAUGUUCAAAUGGAUUCUUGCAAGAUUUCUUUGGUUGAUCCGCUUGGUCGAAUGCGCAUUAAAAUUCCUUCUCGUGCUGCCGAUUGUACUCAUUUACAGACCUUUGAUUUAUACAACUAUUUGAUGAUGAACGAAAAGCGACCUGGUUGGAAAUGUCCAGUUUGUGACAAGAAUGCCAUUUACUCGAAAUUAAUUAUUGAUAAAUACUUCGAAGAUGUACUUAAAAGCGUCAGCAGUUCUGUUGAAGAGAUUGAAUUACUCCGUGAUGGUUCAUGGGGUCUUCCAAAGGUCAAUGAUACAAUUUCUUUGUGUAGUGAUGAAGACGCUGCAAUGGCUGAUGCUGACGAUGAUGAUAUUAUGAUUGUGGAUCCUGCUAAAACUAAGCCAUCAAAAACUGUUGAUAAGAAAAAGACAGACAGUGUUUCAACUGAAAGUGUCGCUCAUCAACAAGAACCACCGCAACCAACUGUGAUUAUUCCAAAAACGUCGGUUAUUGAACCUAAACAACAACGAACCUCAUCUUCUAAUACAUCGAAUGCGCCAAAGAAGAAACCGGUCAUUCCUGAGGAGGAUAUCAUUGAGCUAAGCAGCGAUGACGAGGAUGACAGACUGGCUACCGCAAUUAGUGUCUCGCAGCUUAAUGAUGCCUCUGCAGCAGCAGGUACGCCAAACAGCAAUGCUUCUGGUGGUGCUGGAAGUGGUGGAGGAGGUGGAGGUGGAUCCGUGAAUAUUGGCCAAUCGCCACAGAGCCACGCUACCCGACGAGGUGGAGUAUCAGGAACAGGGGGAAGCAACAGUCACAAUGAUACUCGCCAAUCAAAUGGUUAUAAUAGCAGCACAAGUAAUACCAGUACCUCAUCUGCCACACCUCCUUUUCUUCAAAACAACAACGGACAACUACCGGGUAUUUUCCGACCAUCAAUUGACGAAGUGGCAAGAACUAAGGUUGCACAAAAUUUGGCCAAUUUUUUGCAGAAUGUCUACACCAAAAACAAAAGUAGCCAACAACAAUGUGGCCCUCCUUUCCGAAGCUCUUGA